AUGGUUUAUGCACAUAAGAUUACUGCUAUUCUGUUCUAUUUUACAUUGCGUGAUGAUCUAGACUAUCUCGAUGGGAAGUAUACAGUUUUUGGGGAGAUAGCAGAGGGGUUGGAGACAUUGACAAGGAUCAAUGAGGCUUAUGUGGACGAGAGCAACAGACCCUAUAAAAAUAUUAGAUUUUAUUCUAAGAUAGGGGAUAUUCCUGAUGUUGAGAUAAAGCCGCCUGACAAUGUGCUUUUUGUUUGUAAACUGAAUCCAGUCACUGAAGAUGAGGACUUGUUCACAAUUUUCUCACGCUUUGGAACUGUGCAAGCGGCUGAAAUAAUACGUGAUUAUAAGACUGGAGACAGUUUGUGUUAUGCGUUCAUAGAAUUUGAAACGAAAGAGGCAUGUGAACAAGCAUAUUUCAAGAUGGAUAAUGCUUUGAUUGAUGACCGAAGAAUUCAUGUAGAUUUUAGUCAGAGUGUUGCAAGGUUGUGGUCCCAAUACAGGCGCAAAGAAGCGGGCAAAGGCAAAGGCUGCUUCAAAUGUGGUGCACUUGAUCACAUUGCCAAGGAGUGCACUGGUGAUAAUGCCAGUAAACAGCAACCUCAAAAGUACGUAUUGAAGAGUGAUAAUGCACAGCGCGGUGGAGGCAACACAACUCUAGUUAUGAGAUGGUAUUUGAUGAGAUACUCCAGAAAGUCCAAGACAAUAAAAGAGACAUCAAGACCAUGA